AUGGAAUUAGUAGUUUAUUUGGACAAUUUAAUUGAACAAACUGACUGCUUUGAUUGUCAGGAACGAGUAAUGGCUAGUCAAAUGACUGGGGCAAGACUACUUCUACAUCCAGGUGCAUCUUAUCCGCGUGUAGCUGAAGAAGGUGUCAAUUUAAUGCCUGGUACAAUGACUGAUAUAAGAUUUACAGUUUAUGAAUGGUCUAUGAUGGAACCACCUCAUGGGAGAUGCAGUAAAAAUACACCAAAUUUUAUAUCAUUCAAUGGUGUCAAUUAUACAUUCAGUGAGGAGGCGUGUCAUGUGCAUAAAUUACAACAGAAAGUUGCUUCAAAUUGUCAGUGUUUAACACAACAACUACCAAUACCUACAAAUCUACUUAACAAAGACUUAAGAAAAUGUCAAGGAUUCAAACUACCCGCAACUUAUGAAACACUGGAUAACUUUAAUACAUCUAAACAGUUAUAUUUUAAUAUAGAAACAGUUGCUAAUUUCUCACAUUUUGCAAAAUGUGCAGAGACAGUUAGUACAGCUACAGAUGGUUAUCAAAUGGGCUGUAGACCAGCAUGUGUCAGAUACACAUAUAAACCGAGUAUAACAGCUGCUCAAUGGCCAACAAAAACAUUUUUAACUUGGUUCGUUACGAAAUUUUUAAAAGAAAUGGAAACUGAAGGAUUAUCACGUUUAAAUACAACAAAUAAUGAAACAAUGGAUGCCUUCAAUAUACGUAUGGAAGAAUUGCGUAAACCUUUAAAAAUUUAUGAAAAAAUAAGCAAUUUAACUAAAGAAGGCAAUUUACAAGAAGCUAUAAAAUUGCUUAUGGAAACACAAAUAUUUGAACAAAACUUCUUAUCAAUUAUAAUAUCACGACCAAAUUUUGAUUUAGAACGUGUUGAAGAAAAAGCAGUUGUUUCAUUAACAUCUUUAUUUAGUCAAAUUGGAGGUCUUUUGAGUAUAUGGAUUGGAUUAACUUUUGUAUGCAUUGUUGAGAUUGUAGAAUUAGGCUUGAAUGUAGCAGAUGCUGUGAUUCAUCAUAAGAAGUCAAAAUCAUAA